AUAGUGUCACUGGAAAAUCUGGAAGCAUUUUGUCUCGCAUUUUUGACCACAUUUCUGGCUAUUUGGACGGAAAUUCGGACGGAAAAGCGUACCGGGGACGUCGGUGGGUGGUGCACGAGUGGUGAAGUGUUGAAUUUAGGUGGGACCGAGUGGUUCCGGGGGUGAAGCUGGUGGCCUUUGUGAGUCGGGGAAGUGUGUAAAAAAUGGCCGUCUAUCGCGCAAGAAUUAGUGGCUAAAAAUGCUGCUGGAGCCGUGAGAGUCGGUGCUGCGGUGAGUUGCAUAAGAAGCUGGAGAGUGGCGGAGUCCCGCGUGGGCGCUGCAGACCCGGGAGACGUGAUGGCGCUGCUGACAAUUCAGAGGGAUCCUCGAGUACUGCAGCACAACAUCAAACAUUGUGUAUUUGAGCUGUGUUGAUCAUGUGGGGAGGAUGCGAUGUGUGAUGAAUUGAAAUAGAACAGUGGUCUGGAAGAGGAGUCUCUUCUAUUCAAUUAAUCGUUGAUAAGUUGGGAAUGGAUGAGAGUGCUAUGCAGAGAAGAUUGUGUACUUUAGAAGAUUCUCAAGACGAUGAUUCUCCCUGUUUGCCAUUCUGUGUGUGUAUACAAAUGAAUGCACUCUUGGAUUCUUUUUCUAAUUGGCUCGAUGAGUGCGAGCUGCAUUGAUGGAGGCGAGCAAUUCUGCUGCAAAAUGUGCGUCUGACAGUGUGUCCAGACACUGAUGCGUUGGCAUGAUGUAAACAUACAUAUUUAAUAAAAUAUCCCUGUGUGUCGCACGUGUGUUUGUGUGUUUGCGCACAAUUGUUGGGGAUGAGUUGAAAGAAACUGCGCGCAAUGUCGUCGUAAUUUUCCCCAGCGUUGGCUCAGUUGACGAAGAGGCUUUCCCCCACGUUUGGUGUUGUAAUUUUUGUGUUGAAUUGCUCAGAGGCUAUAUCUGUGACGUUUGCGGCGUGUGUUGUGUGUUUGAGAGAGGCGACUUUGUGUGUCGAAGAAGUGCUCUGCGGGUCUCAGUUUCUCUGUGAUUCUCGUUGGCGAUUGAUGGAUUUCUGUCUGCUCUUCUCUCGUGGCAAUCGCGAUAAAAGUGGUGGACGAACUCCUUUCUUCUUGUUUGUGUGUCUCUUCUUCUCUUUUUUUGCGGCAGCAACACUUAAUUUAUCUGUUGGAUGAAAGAGAAUAAAAAAGACAAAGAAGUGUCAGAGGAGGAGACGUGAUUCUCUUUGUGUUGCUGAUUUUCCGAAUGUGUGUUUUGUCGUAAAUACUGUGUGAUUUCUCUCCUUGUUGGAAGUUCAAGGGAAAGAGAGAGGAGAAAAUAAUAUGAAUAUUUUCUGGUGGUGAGAUUUAUUAAUAAAGUGUGUGUCUGCUGUGCAUCUCAUAUCCAAAUAUGUUGGAUAUUCUCACGCCGCUCAAUCGUCGAAUACCUGUAGCAUCAUGGAAUUGUGAAAUAGAUCACGAAGACGGAAGCAAGAGUACAUCUUCAUCGAGGCAUCGGGUGAAGAAUGUAAUCAACUGGUGGCAAAAGACACUUCCCACAAUGACAAACGCCACAGACACUUAUCGUCCUCGUGACCUACAUCACUCUUGGAGCAAUUUAGCAAAUGCCAAUGAAACGGGCAAUGGGCAAGACGAAGAGGAGAACGUGAAGACGAUCAAGAGCCUGAGUGAGUGCUACUUUGCCGGAAAGGGAUCAGCUCUCAUGCUUGGAUCGAACGAGCAUUUACGUGCCACGUGUGAUUUUGGCCGUUUGAGUGUCAUAUCCACGUGUUCGUCCUCAACAUCCAUGUCGUCGUCGAGUCACACAGGAGGUGGUCAGGCGGCUGGACAGGUGCCGCCGUCAGGUCAGGUGGCAUCGAGCACUGUCAAUUCGUCAGACAUCCACCAGCAUCUCCAAUCCAUGUUCUAUUUGUUGCGACCGGAGGAGACGCUCAAAAUGGCCGUGAAAUUGGAGUCUGCACGCGCUGGCCGCACAAGGUACUUGGUGGUUGUCUCGCGCCACGUGAAGAAUCGUCUGCAGCAGACUCUAUCGCUGCCCGACUGCCAUCAGCAUCACUUGAACAAACUGCAGAGUCCACAGAUGGUCAUCAGGAGUGCAACAAGUGGUGCAGUGCACAAGAAAGUCACAGCUAGUUGUCCGUGCACGCGACAAUGCCACAGACAGUCCAACAGUGGUCAAGUGGAUGACAAGGGUGACGUGAGAACAAAGUGUUGUGGCAUGGAUGGCCAGGACAAGGAUGGGAAGUGUGACAAAGUGACUUGCUCAGAGUGUACAAAUGACGAGGCCGAGAGUAGUGCCUCGGCGAAAUUGUGUGGCAGGAGCUACGAUGAGGAGGAAUCAUGUCUCUUGGGUAUUGAUUGCAAUGAAAAGUCGACAGUGGGCUUGGUGUUGCGCAUCUUGGCGGAUACAUCAAUACGUUUGGAUGGAGAUGGUGGAUUCAGCGUCAGCGUUUGCGGAAGGACACACAUUUUCAAGCCAGUUUCUGUACAGGCAAUGUGGUCUGCACUCCAGACAUUGCACAAAGUGUCUUCGAAGGCUAGAGAAAACAAUUAUUUCGCUGGUGGCCCAUCACACGAAUGGGUAUCAUACUAUGAGGAGAACAUUGAGUCAGAUCGUUCAUGUCUCAACGAGUGGCAUGCGAUGGAUUCGCUGGAGAGCAGGCGUCCACCGUCGCCUGACACGAUAAGGAACAAACCAACCGAACGAGAGGAGACUGAGCGUGUGAUCAGGACAGCUCUCAAGGAGAUCAUGAUGUCAGUGGAUCUGGAUGAGGUGACUUCCAAGUACAUUCGCGGACGCCUCGAGGAACAUUUGGACAUGGAUUUGGGUGAAUUCAAGUCCUUCAUAGAUCAAGAGAUGCUGGUCAUCUUGGGCCAGAUGGACGCGCCGACAGAGAUCUUUGAUCAUGUCUACUUAGGCUCCGAAUGGAAUGCCAGUAAUCUUGAGGAAUUGCAGCGCAACGGUGUUCAUCAUAUACUGAAUGUGACAAGGGAGAUUGAUAAUUUCUUCCCGGGAAUGUUUGACUAUUGCAACAUUCGCGUGUAUGAUGAUGAGAAAACGGAUCUCUUGAAGCACUGGGACAAUACGUUCAAGUAUAUCUCCAAGGCGAAGAAGCAGGGCAGCAAAGUUCUGGUGCACUGCAAAAUGGGUGUAAGUCGUUCGGCAUCUGUGGUGAUUGCCUAUGCUAUGAAGGCGUACAAUUGGGACUUUGAUCGGGCACUGAUGCAUGUGAAGGAGAAGAGAACGUGCAUAAAGCCCAACAAGAGCUUCAUGGCGCAAUUGGAGACAUACCAGGGCAUGUUGUACGCCAUGCGGAACAAGGACAAGCUGCAGAGGAGCAAGAGUGAGACGAAUCUGAAGAGUACGAAGGAUGCUCGGCUGUUGCCGGGCAGCGAGCCCACACCGUUGAUACAGGCGCUGAAUGGCGCCAUGGGUGGGAAUUUACUGCAAGUGUCUGGGGCGGAUCUCAAGAAAAUCGGGAGUCGACCGAAGAGUUGGUCCCCGAAUAAUGCUGAAGUCACAGGAACGGCUCUGGCGAAGCCCCAGUCGCAGAGUUUGGAGAAUCUUGGGCCGCCCAAAGUGGCGAAGAAAGGCAGUUCGACCACGACGAAGACGGUGAGAUUGCCGUGCAGCAACGGUCAGAACUACAGUGUGUCACAGAAUCAGGUGGUUCACCUACAAGAGCACAAUCCAAAUAGUCAGAUCUUCACAGAAUCCCUCGUUGUGCCAUCCGUGAAGUCCAUUGUGAGUGAAUUGGAGUCCACCAAUUCGGGGAUUGUGAAGGUGGUGAGGGAGAAAAAGGCGCUCAGUUUGCAUCUCACAGCUGCUGAGGGUGAGAAGGUGACCAGAAAGGAGACAUGGGAUCCGGGAGAAGAGGAUCAUGUUGGUUGUCGUGAGAUCGAUGGCAGCUGUAGUGUUAAUCUUAUUAGUGUAAAUACUAAUGUUGGCACAGAGUGUGCUGAAAAAUGUGAUAGUCCACAAGAUGAUGGACCAAAUGCUCCAGUUGAUGUGACCACCAAGGCGCCGGCACUCGUUGACGGUGUGCAGAGUGAGGAGAAGGCACCGGGGAAAGUGGCAGGUGGGAAGGAUCCCUUCUCAUCGCAACUGGAUCGGGUGUUUGAUCGUGAGGAGCGGAAGCAGGCUCGUCACUCCACUUUCCCACCAACUCACGCUACUGUCGUGGAAUUGUCCAAUCCUCAGGAGUACGUGGUGUCGCGAAAUAGCUCCUGGAGUAGUGUGGACUCUGCCGUAGUGCUGGGAUAUCCGGGAGAUGCUCGAGAAGUGCCCUCUAGACACUCGUCCUGGGGAUCAGGAGACACCAGAACGCUGCCAUCGCGGAAUAGUUCAUGGGGCUCCUAUGACAUUCGUGUAGCAGCUCCGACUGGCAAUCAGGAUGGCUCUCAGAUCGUCAUGGGUCAGAGUGGCAUAUUUCCGUAUGAUCGCGAUGAGAUUCCUUGGCAUCCGGGAACAGUGAAGCGCACCAAACAACGUCUGGAGGAGCGAUCUUUUGUGAAGCGAAUCUGCAGUGAUGAGGCAAAAGCGGAGGAGGACGUGGAGAAGCCAAUUCCGCAGGCACGGAGUCAGAGUGAGGAGUUCCUGGCGCGCAAAUCUUCCUUUCAACUUGUGCAAUUGUCUGCAUCGGCGCCAGCUGGAACAACGACGAGCAUGGAGGAGAGUGGAAAGCAGAGGAAUCUCGCGAAUCGCACACUAAAGUACCGCCACUCGAUGGAUGAGACGACAGAUAGGAAGCCGACACGGUAUCACACGCUGAAGGAGGGUGAGGAAUGUUCGGGACUCAGUGGCAUGGUGCAGAGUCUGAAGAUGAACUUUGAGGCGAAAGCCUCGUCUGCCGAGGAGGUGGCCAAUGGGAAGAAGAAGGGUCGCUCUCUGCCAUCAUCUCCCAUUGCCAUUCACAUUGGCGUUCAGGACAAGUCUGCGCGCAGUGGUCAAGCCGCACAGCCGACAGCUGAGGAUACGAAUGUUCGUGGACUGGUGGAUAAGUACGAGGUGGCGAAGAUGCGAGCAAAACCGCCCGCUAAUCACUCGAGGCAGCGGCCAAAGUCUGUGCUCGAGGUCAAGAGCUUCCAAACGCCUGGAUUGCACGUGACGAAGCCACUUCUCAUCAAUCACAGCAAGAUGACAAAGAGCCUCCACUGCCGGACGGAUGAGUACGCCAGGCCGCCCGUGCCUCCGCCGACGGUGAGGAAUGCCAUCCUCAUGCCCAAGACGCUCUCGAAGAAGCAACAGCAGCAGCACGGAAAGACUCAUCCGCUGACCAAGUUGGCUGUCGGAAAGACUUACACCAGUGCCGCUCCCUAUAACACUAUGUAAGGGGCCCCCGUGAAAAUAUAGGUAGCUCAAUUGCCGGCUCAAUCAGCAAUCGCUAUUUUGCGACGAUGUGUGAAAAUUUUGACGGGAUUUUUAAGAGAAUAUUUUUAACCAGAAAAAAUUGACUCGUGAAGCAUUUUCAGAAGAAUGGAAAGUGUCUAUUUUCCUCCCAUUUCUCGAUAUUUGAGAGUCUGCCAAUAUUUAUUUUACAAUUUUUCAAUAGGAUAAUACUUGUGGCGUCAAAGUCAAAGAAAUGUUGUGACUUUUGACUUAAUAUCUGCAACAUUUUAUCACAUUUUAUAUGCAUUUUCCAUCACUUGAUGCAAUUUUAAUCAUCACUCAGUGAGAGUUUAAAAUAAAAUAUUUCAUUGUAAUCUCAUUAUGAAGAAGUUUAUAUACCAAAGUUUUGUAAUUACUAUAUUUAGUUCGACCAGUAAAUCUGCGCUGCUGGCGAAUGAAUCAUAAGUGAAAUUUCAUCCAUGUAACAAAUCUUGCCCUUUUCCAUCCAAUAACCCUUGUAAUUGUCAUUAAUAACGUUUGCGAAGAGCAUCAAAAUCAAUAGUUUGAAUGAACUGCUGAUGUUUGCAAUGCGAAACUUUUGAAUGCAAUUCAGCACUUUUUGGAAAGUUAUGCAGCUGAAGAAACGACGAAGAAACGAAGUAUUUUGCUAACCUAAAAUCUAGCUUAAUUUUAUGAUGUAAUUGGGAGGAUUUGAUGUAGAAAUGUCGCUGCAAUUGCUGAUUGAGAGGGCAUAAAGUAAGAUGAUAUGAAUAAUAUUAACAUUUCUGGCGAAACAAAUCAUUCUCUCGUGCAUUUUUCUCAUUGAAAAUCAUACAUUUUUUGAAAAAUGACAGUGCCAAUUGUCACUGAAUAAUGGGGCAAAUGUUGCAAGAGAGAAGGAGUUUAGCAUCGAAAUUAAUUGCUUGUGACAAAAGGAAAAUUUAAUGCAUUUUGUGAAACGCUAAAACAAAAAUAUGUGGGAGAAAUUUGUCGAAUUUUAGAAACAGAGCAAAUACUUAACGAAGACUGUUGUACUGAAGAAGCAAGAGGAAAAUUAACAUUUAAUUGAGGCAAAAUAGGAUAUUCUUCAAUGCUAGAAGAGGAUAUUUUAGUGGAGAGACUCCCAAAAUGGAUUAAAGUAUUAUUGUAAAGCUACAUAAAAGGGAAAUGAAAUGCUGAGUAGGCAAGGUUGAAAUUUCUUUAAAAAAAAAUACACUCACUUCAUUGACUCUUUCCCAUCGAUCCUUUUUCGUUUGUUUAUACUGCGUUUUAAUGAUUGUUUUGAAUUUGCAAAUCAGCACACAAAAGAUAACACAUAUCGUCAUGGCGAGAGAGAUGAACUACUCACAAUUCACAAAAGAAAUUUAAGAGGAAAAGCAUUCAGACGAGGAUCACUGAAGAGAGAAUAGAAAAUAAUACACGCUUUGAAAGGUGAAGCUUAAUGGCAAAAGUUUUAUAAAAAAUGAAGUAAAAAUGAACAAUCAUAUGAUAAGAGCGAGAAAUAAUUUCGAAAGUUAUUUAUAAAUUUUGGGGCUGAUAAGCUUUCUAGUCUUUUUUGUACCAUUUGUGAAAUUUAUUGAAAAGGAAACAAAAGUGACAAUUUAACAAUAAUUUGAGGGCUUUUAUGUGAACGUGUGUAAUGUAUUUUAUGUCUUUUUGUAUUGUAAAUAUGAAAAUAAAAAAAUAUGUG